ACGCGCCUCCCCGCGCGUCUAUAUAUCUCCGGCGAGCUACCUGCCCUGCUCGCUACCUCUCCAACCCAACGCCGGCCGGCGACGCCAUCGAUCGAGCCCAGCUGGGAAGAAAGAAGAUGUCGCACAUCGCGGUGGAGCGGAACCGGCGGAGGCAGAUGAACGACCACCUCAAGGUGCUCCGCGCCCUCACGCCGGCCUUCUACAUCAAGCGCGUCGACCAGGCCUCCAUCAUCGGCGGCGCCAUCGAGUUCAUCAAGGAGCUGCACACCGUGCUGGAGGCGCUCGAGGCCAAGAAGAAGCGCCGCCUCUGCAGCCCCACCCCGAGCCCCAGCCCGCGCUCCCUCCUCUCCUGCUCCACGCCCACCAGCGCCGGAGUCGGCUCCUCCUCCGACGUCUCCCCCAGCAGCAACGGCAGCAACAACAGCAGCAGCUCCGCUCUCGCGCCCUUCAGCCUCGGCGCCGUCAAGGAGCUCGCCGCCUGCUGCAACUCCGCGGCCGCCGAUGUCGAGGCCAGGAUCUCCGGUGCCAACGUGAUGCUCCGCACGCUCUCCGGGCGAAUCCCCGGCCAGGCCGCCAAGAUCGUCGCGCUGCUCGAGAGCCUCCACCUCGAGGUGCUCCAGGUCAACAUCAGCACCAUGGACGACACCGUCCUCCACUCCUUCGUCCUCAAGAUUGGGCUCGAGUGCCAGCUCAGCGUGGAGGAUCUCGCCUUCGAGGUCCAGCAGACCUUCCUGUGCUACCAAGAGCCCGAUCCUAAUUCGGACUUCUCCAUGUGCUACCCAUCCAUGGCGAUAUAGUUUACCACUCCUCAGUGUGCUAAUUAUAUGGUUAAGAAUUAAGAUACAUACAUGCAACUUCUGCAUGCUCCUCGUCUAGCUAGACGCCCAGACACCUAAUUUGCAUAUUACUUUUAUCUCAAAAGUUAUAUAUUUUCCCCAUUUGCAAGCAAAAUAUAAGGUCCAUGUAACCCUUGUAAUAGUAUUGUUUUGAAAUGUAAUUCGUGUGUGAAAUUAGU